GACAUCACUCUGUGUUAUUUUCAAGGCUGACAAAAACAAUGGCAGCAGAAGAACGGAACUUCCGAAGCUACUACUAUGAGAAAUUCGGAUUUAGAACAGUUGAAGAAAAGAAAUCUGUUGAAAUUCUUUUGAAAGAGCAGCAUAUUAAUCUUGAAAAACUUCGUUUCUUUUGCCUUCGAUUUGCUCUGCCGGCCGUUUACAGAACACUUGUGUGGAAAAUUCUUCUUGGAGUUCUACCCCCUCACCAGAGCUCACACGACUUUGUGCUAGCACAGAGGAAGGAACAGUUAAAGGAUCUGAAACAAGGGCUGUCACUCUUAAACAAAGGAGGAGACAUAGCUUCACCUGAAGUUACCCUUCUAAAGCUCUUUCUACUGGAGAGAGGACAGCUACCUUUUCAAGAUAUUGAUAUGAUGGUGUCUGAAAAGAACAAGGGCUUUGUGGCUAUUGCCCAUGCAGUUUGCAAUAUAGCUGAUUCUGAUUUUGAUCGGUAUUGGAUUUCAUCUCGAUUUUCAUGCCCAGAAGCAACACUCAGAUGCCUGAAGAAGGAGGACCCUGACCACAAACUCUGUCACCAUCUGCAAGAGCAUUAUGUGCUGACUUCUCUCCCUUUGAUAGAUUGGUUUACGUGUUGCUUUGCUAGUGUUCUGCCAGACAUCUCAUUUGAAAGAGUGUGGGACAAAGUCAUUGGAGGAUCCACAUUUGUACUUGUCUACGUUGCUGUUAGCAUCUUGAUCUUUUUUCGACGCCCGCUGCUGAGUAUGAAGUCAUCUGAGGAGAUGGUGGCCUACCUGAGACACAUUCCUGAAGACUGUGGGGAUAUAAUCGUCAACCAAGCACUGGACCUCUGGACACAGAAUGGCAGUCAGCUGAUGAGUUCUAAAUCAGACUCUCCUAAUGUUGACAAGAGCAGAAACUGAUGAAUCACGUGUUAAAUGCAUACCUUCAUUUCAGUCAGAAAACGGGGAAAGAGGUAAUCCUACAUAGUAUUAAAAAUGGUUUACUUUAUGAGAUCAA